GUGCUGGCGCUGCGACAGCGACCGGAGGGGCUGUGAUGGGGUCUACAGGGAGGAGUAGUAUCAUGGAUCGGGUGUUGGGCGACGACGACCUGGAUAGUAGCGGGAUGGCAGGAGAUACGCCCCGCAAACAUGGCAAGCGGCUGACAACACUGGAGGAGGUGUCGUUGUUCAACAUCUGUAAUCGGCAUGCGGAGGAAUUUGGGCAGCGCAGUAAUCUGUGCAAGUGGUGGAUGACGGUGACGGCGGAGUUCACGCGCGAUCAGGGUCAUCCGUAUUCGUGGCACUCGGUGCGGCGGAAGGUUGAGCUGGUCACGAAGCAGCGCAUGAAGUUUCUCGAGGAGCAGCGAGAGAAGGGUGGCACGGAGAAUGAAGAUCUAUCGAAUCCCCGAUGGCGUUCAGCUGUCGACGCCUGGAUUCCGACAUGGCAGCGCUGGGAAGAGGCAGAGGCGCGGCGAAUCGAGAAGCGCGACUCGCGCCGGUCUCGCAAGAGAAAAGAAAGGUCUUGGGAACCGGCGUGGGAUGCUCCCAGUUCGAACGGGUGGAGACAAACGUCCAGUCCAGCAGUGGAUAGUACCGCAGUCAGUGGAAACCAGAGUCAAGGCCAGCUGCCUCCUCCAGCUGCCCCGGCCACCGCUGCUGCUGCCACUGUUACGCCUACUCUAGUCCGAUUGCCUCCUGGAUUUGAAAACAUGUUUGCGAAUCAACCAGCCAAUUCAGCUGGGUGGCCGUCCCAGCAUCCAGCGUCCACGUCUGCUCCCCCUUCAGCUGGGGAGAAUGGCGUGAUGAGUGCUGUCAUAGAAACGCUAGGCAAACUGAACAAGCAUUUAGAUGCUGUGAGCUCAGAACCUCAGUCAUCGCCUUUAAUCACAUCAUUGGCCUCGAACUCAGACUCCCAGCGUCGUGCAAGGCCGUCGCAUCAAGAGGAAGCCACCCCCAACGAAGGCGAGAAGCAGGUAAAAGCAUUGCCGGCGUCGGCCAUCAAGCAGCUCAAGGAGGAACUUCGGCAGGAGUUGCGGGAUGAGCUCCGGUCAGAGCUGGAAAGGGACCGAGUGGCGUUGGAAGAGAAGUUGGAUUCUGUACAGAGAACGCAGGAGAUGAUUCUUGAAAUGCUACGACAGGAGCCUGCGUGAUAUUUUUUUUUUUCCCGUUCGGUUUGUUGCUUGAUCUUAUUGCUAUGAUACCCAUUGGCGAACAGCGUAUCCCUGUCCAAGUCAUAUUGCAGUGCGGAAAACUUCACCGAUAAUGUCUACAUACACACGAAGGAGACUUGAUUUAUUUACCAUUAAUGUUCG